AUGGAUUCCACCAAAGAAGCUUCCGUUACCGAUUUGAAGAGACCGAGAGAAGAAGAGGAUGAUAACGCCGUCGUCGCCGCCGCUUCAAUGGAGACGGAUAACUCCGUUAAUGGCGAUGAGAAGAAGGAGCCUGCUUGUUUCUCCUCCGUUAUUCCUGGGUGGUUCUCUGAAAUGAGUCCAAUGUGGCCAGGAGAGGCACACUCUUUGAAAGUUGAGAAAAUUUUGUUUCAAGGGAAAUCAGAUUACCAGGAUGUGAUUGUUUUCCAGUCUGCGACAUAUGGAAAGGUAUUGGUUUUGGAUGGAGUAAUCCAACUUACGGAAAGAGACGAAUGCGCUUAUCAGGAAAUGAUCACUCAUCUUCCACUGUGUUCUAUUCCUAAUCCAAAGAAGGUCUUGGUCAUUGGAGGAGGAGAUGGAGGUGUACUGCGGGAAGUUGCACGCCAUGCUUCUGUUGAGCAGAUUGACAUGUGUGAAAUUGAUAAAAUGGUGGUCGACGUGUCUAAGCAGUUUUUCCCUAAUGUAGCGAUUGGAUACGAGGAUCCUCGUGUGAACCUCGUCAUUGGUGAUGGUGUUGCUUUCUUGAAGAAUGCUGCUGAAGGAUCAUACGAUGCAGUUAUUGUUGACUCAUCAGAUCCAAUCGGUCCUGCAAAGGAGCUGUUUGAGAAACCCUUCUUCCAAUCCGUGGCUAGAGCCCUUCGUCCUGGUGGGGUUGUGUGUACUCAGGCUGAAAGCUUGUGGCUUCACAUGGACAUCAUCGAAGACAUUGUUUCCAACUGCCGUGAGAUCUUCAAGGGUUCUGUGAACUAUGCAUGGACCAGCGUUCCUACAUACCCUAGGCAUGUUCAAUGA